CAAUCAUAAUUUAACGUAACUUUGUUCUGUAACGGCGAUUCUUAAAAUACUCUUACAAUUUACGAUAUUGCAAAAUAGUAUAGCGUAGUGGAAAUUACAGGUAGCAAGAUGGAAGAAAUUCUUUCUACAGCGUUGCGCUCGCGCCUAGAAAGACUAAAAGAAACUGUAAAAUUAACGGUUGAUUUACUGAACAAAGUCGAAACAGGAGUAGGAGUACAACAACAACAAUUAGUUGUAAAUAAAAUCGAUCUUAAGAGUAAAUUAGCUCAAUUUCAAGUACAAUUAGAUAAAUAUGUGACCCACGUGCCAAACCCACAGAAAGAAUUUUAUCAAGAAUGUGAUGAACUACAAAUUCUAGCAGAGGACGCUAUGACGAAGAUGGAAAUAGUGCUCAAAAUUUAUUCCGAAGAUAACAACACCCAAAAUAAAACUAAACUACCCAAAUUAGACUUGGUCAAAUUCAAUGGAGACAUCUUGAAAUGGAAUUAAUUUUGGGACAGAUUUGUGGCCAGCGUAGAUAGUAAAAAUAUAGCGGAUGUGGAGAAGCUAUCAUAUUUAGUAGGAUCUUUAGAGGGUCCGGCACUCCAAGCAAUUGAAGGCUUGGAGACGACUAACCAGAAUUAUGAGGUCGCAACUUUAAUUCUUAAAAAUAGGUUUGGGAAGAAAAAUAACGUAAUUGAUGCUCACAAUAAAGCCCUAUUAAAUCUGGAAAGAGCCCAAUCUACUAUUGAGUGCCGAAAAAUAUUAAACAACAUAGAUACUCACCUACGGGUGUUAUCUGCAUACGGAGAAAACACCGAAGCAAGCUAUUUGCGAGGGAUUAUAUUAGAUAAGUUUCCAGAAACGGUAUUGUAUCAGGUUAAAAUUUUAAUUUCGGAAGAAGAAAGUACAGACAACAUAAAAAAGGCACUAGAUAAGGUAAUAACUGCCAUGGAAAGAAUAAACAUACAAACACCACAAACGCUACAAACAUCAACGUCCGGAUCUACAUCAACAGCUGCUUCAACGUCAGGAUCUACAUCAACACUACUUAAAGUUACAAGAGAAAGACCAGCAAAACGCAAGAGACUGUUUGACAGAACUAACACAUUUAAGUCUAAACGGCCGAAAAUCUCAUGCAUUUUCUGUGGCAAAACAGGACAUUACAAUGAUGAUUGUAAUGAAUAUAAAACAAUCAAAGAAAGGAUAAGUAGACUGCAACAAAGGUGCUUCUUAUGUUUCAAGAAUGGCCAUAGAGCCUCUAAAUGCUUCAGUAAAAGGAAGUGUCAUCACUGUAAUAAAUUACACAACAGAGCUUUGUGCCCGCAGAAAUCUAAGAAAGACUGCAGUAACACAGAUAGUGGGCCAGCACAACAAACACCUGACAUGUAGAUUACUUAUGGAUUGUGGGAGUAUGAGGUCAUACAUCACAAACAGAUUAGCAAAAGACCUUGAAAUAAAAAAGGACAAUGAAGUUGAUUUAAUUGUCUACACAUUUGGAUCCAAUAAACCUUAUACAAUUAAAAGUUCAUCAGCAGAAGUAACUGUUUUAACAAAGAGACAAAUUGAGAAGAAAAUAAAAGUAAAUAUUGUACCACAUAUAACGGAUCACGUCCCAGUCGUCAAAAUUGAUCAUCCCAAAAUAGAUAUUAGUGCGGAUGAUGAAUCGAUCGGUCAAAGAGUUGACUUGUUGAUUGGUAACGAUUUGUAUUUUUCGUUCCUCAGAAAGGACCUGUUAAAAAUAAAAGAUGAUUUAUAUUUGAUUGAUUCAGAUUUUGGUUGGCUGACUGGAGGCUUCGAUAGGGGUUUCAAUAAUAAAAACGAAGAUGUGCUGUCAGUCGUGACAUAUUGUAGUUGCCAUGAUUCUAAUUGUCCAUACUUCUCCGAGCCAGAUCUUCCCCUCCGUAACAUAGAUGUGAAGUUCUUAUGGGCGCUUGAGAGUAUUGGCAUCACGGACUCACCGAAGACAACAAAGGAAGAAGAAGCAGUUCACCAUUUUAACGAAAAUGUCAAGUACCAUGAAGGAAGAUAUGAAGUUAAGUGGCCAUGGAUACAAUACCCUCCGGAAUUGCCCACAAAUUACGGACUCGCUCUUGGAAGGUUGAAAAGCUUAUUAAAACGUUCUGAUGAAGAAACUCUCGACAACUAUAAAGAAAUCCUAAAAGAACAGUUAGAAGCUAAGGUGAUUGAGAUAGUCCAGCCUUCACCUUUUCACGAAAUUACACACCCAGUUCAUUUCUUGCCUCAUCAUAUUGUAAAUCAAAAGGGAAAGAGAGGGCGUAUAGUGUAUGACGCCUCAUCAAAAAUUAAGAAUGAAAAGAGCCUUAACGAAUGUCUGUAUGGUGGCCCAUCUAUGUUGGAAGAUCUUACGGGACUAAUCUUCAAUUUCAGAACAGGAAAGAUAGGCAUAACAGCUGAUGUGGAAAGAGCUUUUCUCCAAGUGGGACUUCAAACAGAAGAUAGAGACGUUACCAGAUUUCUUUGGGUGGAAGAUCCCUCGAAGGAAGUAACAGAAGACAAUAUAGUACAGUAUCGUUUUUGUCGUGUCCCAUUUGGAAUUAUAUCCAGUCCUUUUUUAUUGACAGCGACCAUCAGACAUCAUAUUUCAAAGACAGAAAAUUCCUUAUUAUCAAAAAUAGCGGACAGAUGUUAUGUGGAUAAUUUGGUAACGUCAGCUGGUUCCAACAAGGAAGCUCUACAACUGUACAAGGAUACAAACCGCGUAUUCCAGGAACUAGGUAUGAAUAUUAGAGACUGGAUGUCUAAUGACAAAGACUUUAUUGAGCAAAUUCCUUUAACUCAGAGAGAAAAACGGACAGAUAAGAUGAAGAUUCUCGGCUUAUUAUGGAAUAUAAAGAAUGACACCCUACAACUCAAUAUAGAUCCAGAAGUUUUUAUCACUGAGUCAAGAGGAAUCACGAAGAAAGGAGUGCUCAAAGUAUUAGCACGUUUAUAUGACCCCUGUGGUUUUGCAUCACCUUUAAUACUUCCUGGGAAGUUAUUAUUCCAGGAACUCUGCAAAAGAAAACUGAAAUGGGAAGAUACACUGCCUGAUGAUAUGCAGACGUUAUGGGAAAACAUAGUUAAAAACCUAGCUGCUAUAAAAGACAUAGAAGUUCAAAGAUACGUCGGAGAUACAUGCGAACAAACAGGAAAGAUCAUACGAUAUGAACUACAUGGUUUUACAGAUGCGUCUAUGAAUUCAUAUGCAGCGAUUGUAUAUUUGAGACUUAUAGGCGAAGACAAAACAGCAGUCACUUUCCUAAUGUCUAAGACGAGGAUCACACCAAUAGAAGACAAAAAUGAUUUGAAAAUCCCAAGACUUGAGUUGUUAUCCUUCUUGAUUGGUAGCAGGUUAAUGAAAUAUAUACAUGACCAUAUAGAUAUAAAACUUUCAAGGUUGUAUCUAUGGUCUGACAGCCAAGUUGUCUUGGCAUGGAUGAAGACAAGCAGAUUACUACCUCCAUUUGUCGCAAGACGCGUGAAUGAAAUAAAACAAACCAGCCGUACCCUGGGUAUAGAACUACGAUAUGUGGAUACAAAAAAUAACCCGGCAGAUAUAGCAACUAGACCAGAAUUAUGGCAAAAGAAACAAGAGUUGUGGUUUUAUGGACCAAAAUUCCUUACCAAAGAUGAAAAACAUUGGCCUAAUGACACACAAACUAAUAAAGAGCUUUGCUUGGUUGGGAGGGCUCUAGAGAUAGUUGAUGGUCCAGAGAUGACUUCGAAGGGUUAUGAAAGUGAAGAAUUAGCCCUCACAACAGAAGAGCAAGAACUCACCGAGCAAUUGAAUGAGGAACCUUCAAAUAUUGAAAAUACACCUGGAAAUGAUAUCACUACAGACAACAUUAAGAGGAUUCAGAAAGAAUACCUUCCGAACGAAGUCAUGGGAAAAAGAACUAAUCUGUCGUUAGAUUUAGGAAUAUUCCGCGACGUAGAUGGAGUAUUGAGGAGCAAAGGACGUUUUGGGAGAGCAAAUUUGCCAUAUGAAAAGAAGUAUCCAAUAGUGAUCCCAAAACAAUCCUCUUUGGCAACCCAGAUUAUUAAAAGGACACAUGAAGAAAAUUAUCAUGUAGGUGUACCCCACACCUUGAGUAUUAUAAGAGAAAAAUAUUGGAUACCCCAGGGACGUGCUCAAGUACAGAAAGUUAUUAGAAGGUGCCCACAAUGCGUGAAGUAUGGUGGAGGCCCUUUUCAGUUACCACCAGCACCAGAGCUACCAAGUGCAAGAGUAAAUUAUAGCUCACCUUUCCAUUUUACCGGCUUAGACUAUCUAGGACCUGUCCUAGUAGAUACAGAUAAAGGAAAAGAAAAAAGGUGGAUAUGUCUAUUAACAUGUUUAGCAGUACGAGCUUUGCAUCUAGAAUUAGUUAAAGACUUAUCAGCGAAGGAGUGCUUACUAGCCAUUAGGAGAUUCACAGCUAUUAGAGGCAUACCGGACACCAUAAUCUCUGAUAACGCACUCCAAUUCAAACUGACCAGUGAAGUCCUAUCGUCAGAAUACUGUAUGAAUAAAGGUAUUAAAUGGAAAUUUAUAGCUCAGCUAGCACCUUGGCAGGGAGGCUUUUAUGAACGACUAGUAGCCUUAGUUAAGCACUGCUUGAAACGCACGUUGGACAAACAUCUGUUGACUGAGAACCAGAUGACAACGGUCCUUAAAGAGGUGGAAUCGGUGCUUAACACUAGACCGUUGACUGCAGUAGGUGCAGAGCCAGAAGAAGUACUGAAGCCAGCCGACUUCUUGACCCUUGGACAGUGCUUAGAUUUAAACACAGAUUUACAGACAAAUCAACAACUGACAAAUACAAAGGUUGACCUAGUGCAAAGUUGGAGAAGAGGUCAAAUGAUUCUUGAAGAAUAUAAAAGAAUGUUCAUUAACCAAUAUCUGCCAAGUCUUAGAGAGAGAUCCUUCCACACACACAAACAAACAAGAAUUAAAUCUAAAAAAGUACCUGAAAUAGGAGAUAUAGUUCAAAUCAGAGAUGAUUCCAAGAAUAGGACAAAUUGGAAAGUGGGAAAAAUUGUCUCACUGAUUAAGGGCCAAGAUGGUGUUGUAAGAGUUGCUAGAGUCAAAGUUAAUGAUACGGAAUUCACACGAUCUCUUGGCCACCUGUACCCGUUAGAAGCAGACGAUGUUGAAGAAACUUGUAUACCAAAUAAAGAACUGCCUGAAAUGGUCAAUCAGGAAGAAAAUAGAGUAGUAAGAAUGGAAGAUACGUUAGACUCCAGUAACGUUGAUGAAAUGCCUCAAGUGCCUGUAACGGACACAAGUAGCCCGGUUAUACCUCCGGAUCAGAUAAUUGAUAACAAUAAUCCAGAGACCGUUCCUAGCGAUGAAUCAUUAUCAUUACAAGAAAAUCCACUGACUUCUGUAGAAGAAACUUGCCCUACUCCGACAGACUUUGUUGAAGGUUCAGUAAUCGAAAGUCCUAGUAGAAAUGAGAAGAGAGACGCUGCCAUUAAAGCCAGAGAGAAGAUAGCGGAAUGGACGCGUCACCUGUUAACCGUCUUGUAA